GAAGGCAGGGGAGGGAGGAGGCCAGACAAGGCGGAGGAGGGGGGAAACAGCGGUGGCGCAAGCCGCGCGAAGCAGCGCAACCCGGGUCCGCUCCCUGCUUUGCUGCCCGCUCGACCUGGCGCCCUAGCGCCCGCGGAACACCUCAAAGCAGACGGAGGAGUCCAUGUUGGGGAAACUUAGUGGUGGAGUGACGGAGACUUAGCUUCCUGCGGUGGGGCCGCCGCCGGAGAGAUCGCCUCGACCUCGGCCUAAGGAAACCCUUUCCCAAGGAGAAUGAAGAAGAAAACUGUGUAUACCCUGAAUGUGGGAGAUCAGGAGUAUGAAGAUCUAGAAGGUGAAGAAAGCAGGAAUAAUACUCCUAUGGCUGGUCUGUUGUGCAGUGAAGCAGACAGAUGUCCAAUAUGUCUUAAUUGCCUAUUAGGAAAGGAAGUUGGUUUUCCAGAAAGUUGUAAUCAUGUCUUCUGUAUGGCCUGUAUUCUUAAAUGGGCAGAGACACUGGCUUCAUGUCCUAUCGACCGAAAACCUUUUCAGUCAGUAUUUAAAUUCAGUGCAUUGGAAGGUUGUGUUAAGAUUCAGGUGAAAAGACAGUUGACAGAAACUAAAGACAACAAAAAUGAAAGCCCUUUUACAAAACAGCUCUCCUGUAAUGAUGUCUCUGAAGGCUACAUAAAAAAAAUGUCUGUCAUAGGAGAAGAUCCAUGUUAUGGCUUGGAGAUGAUUCCUAGAAACUCUUCAAACAAUAAAGUGGGAGGAAAGAAAAAUGCAGCAAUAAAGAUAGAUAAGCCUCGAAGAUCAUAUCAGUGUACAAGUCAUUGCUUCAGAAACUUUUUCUCCAAUAUGUUUUCUUCUAGUAGUCACACUGGAGACUCUUCUUUUACCUGUAGAGCUUAUUGUACAGAAUUUAUAGAAGUCAAUGAAAUCAGCACAUUGAUUAGGCAGAAGAGACAGGAAUUGGAAUUGUCAUGGUUUCCUGGUACAUUACCUGGAAUUGGAAGAGUUGGUUUUAUGCCUUGGAAUAUUGAAACAGAAGUCCUCCCUCUCAUUUCUUGUGUGUUGCCAAGAACUAUUUUUCCAAGUACCAUGUCAUUAGAAAAUUUGGGUACUUGCAAAGGAUAUGCAUUAACACACACCCAAGAAGGAGACGAAAAAAAGCAAACUUCUAGUACAUCAAAUACUAGAGGAUCAAGGCGAAAACCUGCAACAACGCCUACAAGGAGAUCUACACGUAAUACGAGAACUGAGACAGUCAGUCAGUCUCAGAAAUCCCCAGUACCAAAUAAUUCUGGGUGUGAUGCCCCAGGUAAUAGUAAUCCUUCCAUAAGUGUUUCCUCUCCAGCUGAGGCAGAAAAGCAAAGAAGACAGGCUCCAAAACGCAAGUCUGUAAGGAGAGGGAAAAAAACACCUUUAGUAAAAAAGAAACUUCGGAGAUCUGUACCUCUUCCUGACAAAACGUCUUCUAGUGAUUCAGUAGAGGAAGAAGUAACAGAAUGUGGCACGUCACUGAUAGUGGAGAAGGAGCAACAAUCGGAUGUAGAAAGCAGUAACAUUUGUUCUGUGCAAACAAAUGUAGAAAAUCAGUUGGCUAAUUGCUUGAAAAGUUGCAGAGAACAAGUAGAAGAAAAUGAGGAGCAUACCAAGAAUCAUGAUAUAGAAGAAAAAGUAGAAUCUUUGUAUUCAGAAUCUUAUAUUCAAGACACUCCUGUGCUUGUACAGGAAGAGGAAAUUCAAAAACUUGAGAAUACAGGUAUAGAGGCCAAAGUUUUGUGUGUAGAAAGUGAGAUUUCUAAAGAUAUUUUUGAAAAAGAGAGUGAUUCACUGGAAAAUCAAGACCAGGUAUCUAUGUCUUCAGAAUCAGAGGUAAAUGGAGUUACAUGUUCAGAUCAUCCUCCAAAUGAUUUUAUUUCAGGUUCAGUAUCUAAAACUGAAGUAUACCCACCAAUAUCUACUUCUCUAGGUGAGGUAUCUAAGAAUACAGAAUCAGUGGUUAAUGAAGAAAAAAUAGGUGAAGAAAAAAUAGCGGACAAUCUGACUGUAGAAAUCAUUGAUCAUAAAGAUUCUACAGUAAAAACAGAAGAUACUGUAAAAAGCCCUAUAUUAGAAUCUUCUGAAGGUGAAGUUAAACAAACAGUAGACAAAAUAUCUAUUGAGAGCUCAGAAAUUCAGUUGCUGGGACAUGUUGAAACUGAAAAUGCAGAAAUAAUUACAGCGUGUGAUACUUCAGAAAGUGGAAAUUUCUGUCCUGUUCAAGACUCUGAAGAUAAUUUAUUAAACACCCAGUUGGACAAAUCUUUAGAAGAAAAGAUGGAGUCUCUGGCUGAACAUUCCAAAUCUACAGAGUUGCUUACCACACAAAAUGAGCAGAUUGAGAAGCAUUUUAGUGAGGACAAUAAUGAAGCAAUACCUAUGGAGUGUGAUUCAUUGUGCAGUGACCAAAAUGAGUCUGAAAUCGAAUCAUCCACAAAUGCUGAUGCUAAGCAAUUGAAUGAAAAUUCUGUGACACAGAAUUCUGAAAGUAAGGUAUCUUCUGAUCCUACAAAUGAAAAGGCUGAAACUGAAUCUCAACCAUCUGAAAGCCCAGUAGAUACAAAAGAUAAAGCCAAAAAGCCUCGUACUCGAAAAUCUAGAUUUCAUUCUCCAUCUACAACGUGGUCUCCCAACAAAGACACUGCCCAAGAAAAGAAGCGGUCUCAAUCUCCAUCCCCCAAAAGAGAAGCUGGAAAAGAAAGCAAGAAGUCUCGAUCACCAUCUCCUAAGAAAGAAUCUGCUAGAGGACGGAGAAAAUCUCGUUCUCAGUCCCCAAAAAAGGAUAUGGCAAGAGAAAGGAGGCACUCUCAGUCUCGGUCUCCAAAAAGAGAUAGUACUAGGGAAGGCAAAAGAUCUGAAUCACUGUCCCCAAGAAGAGAUACUUCUAGAGAGAACCAAAGAUCUCAGUCAAGAGUGAAAGAUUCUUCCUCAAGAGAAAAAUCUAGGUCCCGGAGCAAAGAAAGAGAAAAUGAUCGAGAUGGUCAGAGAAGAGAUCGAGAUAGAGAAAGGAGAACCAGAAGGUGGUCCAGAUCUCGUUCUAGAUCACCAUCAAGGUCGAGAACAAAAAGUAAGAGUUCAUCAUUUGGUAGAAAUGAAAGAGAUAGUUACUCUCCCCGGUGGAAGGAAAGAUGGACAAAUGAUGGUUGGAGGUGUCCACGAGGAAAUGAGCGGUACAGAAGAAAUGACCCAGACAAGCAGAACGAAAAUAAUAGAAAAGAAAAAAAUGACAUCAAUCCAGAUACUGAUGAUUCAAAUUCUACCGACAAGCCUAAAAGUGAUUGCCCCAGUUGGGUAACCGAAAAAAUUAAUUCUGGGCCUGAUCCAAGGACCAGAAAUCCAGAAAAGUUAAAAGAGUCCCACUGGGAGGAAAACAGAAAUGAGAAUUCAGGAAAUUCUUGGAAUAAAAACUUUGGUUCGGGUUGGGUAUCUAACCGGGGUAGAGGUAACCGAGGCAGAGGCACUUACAGAGGUAAUUUUGCCCAUACAGAUCAGAAUGAAAAUAGGUGGCAGAACCGAAAACCCCUCUCAGGUAAUUCAAAUAGUGCAGGGAAUGAUCCUCUUAAGUUUGCGGAGCAGCAACCCUAUAGGCGGAAAAGUGAGCAAGAGUUCUCUUUUGAUACACCAGCAGAUAGAUCAGGGUGGACAUCUGCUUCUAGUUGGGCUGUGAGAAAGACUUUGCCAGAAGAUGUGCAAAACUAUUACUCUCGGCGAGGGAGGAAUUCUUCAGGUCCACAGUCUGGGUGGAUGAGACAAGAAGAGGAAACAACUGAACAGGAUUCUAAUCUAAAAGACCAAACAAAUCAACAAAUUGAUGGUUCUCAGCUACCUGUAAAUAUGAUGCAACCACAAAUGAACGUAAUUCAGCAACAAAUGAGUGCGCAACACCAGCCAGUGAAUAUCUACCCAUAUCCAAUGGGUGUUCAUGCCCCUAUGAUGAACAUCCAACGCAGUCCAUUUAAUAUUCAUCCUCAGCUACCCUUGCAUCUCCACACAGGAGUGCCUCUCAUGCAGGUGGCUGCUCCUACCACUGUUACUCAGGGACUACCAUCACCUCCUCCCCCACCCCCACCAUCCCAACAAGUUAACUACAUUGCUUCACAACCAGAUGGAAAGCAGUUGCAGGGUAUUCCUAAUGCUUCUCAUGUGAGUAAUAACAUGAGUGCACCAGUCUUGCCUGCUCCAACAGCAGCCCCAGGAAACAUGGGAACAGUUCAGGGACCAAGUUCUGGUAAUACUUCGUCAUCAAGUCACAGCAAAGCCUCUAAUGCUGCUGUAAAAUUGGCAGAAAGCAAAGUAAGUGUUACAGUGGAAGCCAGCGCAGAUAGCUCGAAGACAGACAAGAAAUUACAAAUUCAAGAAAAAGCAGCACAGGAGGUGAAGUUGGCUAUUAAGCCAUUUUAUCAAAAUAAAGAUAUCACGAAGGAAGAGUAUAAAGAGAUUGUACGGAAAGCAGUAGAUAAAGUUUGUCACAGUAAGAGUGGAGAAGUAAAUUCUACUAAAGUGGCAAAUCUGGUUAAAGCCUAUGUAGACAAAUACAAAUAUUCACGGAAGGGAAGCCAAAAGAAAACUCUGGACGAACCUGUGUCUACUGAAAAAAACAUAGGCUGAAAAGGGGAAUGCUGUGAAGGACAUUGUCAAGAUACCUGCAAAGUGCAAUUGCAACCUGCACCAUUAACUGAAGAUCACACAUAACUGUGACAGAAAUUUGGUUUUGAUAAAAUUAUUUUUUUUAAUGUAGAAUAUAAUGUUUUGUUCUAAAUAAAUAUAGUUCUGCACUGCAACUUAUAUCUAACCCCUCCCCCCAAAUAAAUUCAAGGGAAAAUAAAGGGUUUAAUGGGUUGUGCAUUUUUACUAGGAUUGUGUUAUAGUGUGGAUACUGGAAGAUGUACAGCUUUUUGAUUAGAACAAUGGAAUGCAUAAAUUAGAAAAUUCUAAGCACUGGUUUUGGAAGAUAUAUAUAUAUAUAUAUAUAAAUACAUUUAUUCUGUCAGGCUAAAAAAUAAAGUAUCUUUAUGACUUUUCCCCUCUAAUUAUAGAAAGUUAAAUAAUGUAUUACCAUUAUGAUAUUUCUAAUAUCAAUUGCAGGGUUCCUAAUGUGUAUUUUUAAAGUACAUAUCUGAAUAAAUUGCUUAGAUAGAAAACAGAUUAUCACAUGAGUAAAAUACCUUGAGACACUCUUCACCUGUUGUAUCACCAAAUAAAGGUUGUGCUGCUUGCUUUUCUUUUGUGCCUUUUUUCCCCCAGUUGAGAUGAAGUUUGAUUUGCUAGAUGACAGCUUUGGCAGUUCUUAGUCUUUGUCAAAUUCAGAAGACCCAUUUGGAAAAAGUGUUGACUUUUUAGAAAUUAUGUUCUUUCAUCUUUUCUACCCAUCAGUGAUGAUAAAUUCUUUGUGCCAAUUGGAGAAUUGCUGUUAAGUGGUGACCUUUCCUUCCUUCGGACUAGGGUAGAAUUACAGACUCACUUCACUGGUUUCAGGUUUUUGCUCAUCUGUCUCAUUGCUAAUGAAAUUCUUUACACAUUUGAGAAAACCUCAAAUGCUUUAUAAUGAAUGAAGUGUUAAUUUGGUGACCAUUAGCCAUGUUGUAGAAUUCUAGACAUUAAAACUUAUGUUGAACAAAAGGAGAGGAAAAUUAAGUAGUGGAGUUUCAGUUAGUUUUUCAGGGACUAGGGAUUUUUUAAAGUACUAGAGUAUCUUAAUUUUUAUGAAAGGUAGGUUUAGGACUAGAGGUGUGGCUCAAGUGGUAGAGUGCCUGCUUUGCAAGUGCAAAGCCCUGAGUUCAAAAAAAUCCCAGUCGCACCAAAAAAAAAGGUUUAAAGUGUUUAUAGUGCCAUUGUUUUAAUUGGCAUCUUGAAAGAAAAAUGAGUUCUUUCCAUGAUAAAGUGACUUUCAUUCCAGUAAUAAUUUUUAAUAAAUACCGAAUAACUGGAAAUUCAGAUCUUAUGUUCAUAGAUCCAAUUUAAUACACCUCAGUGAGUCAGACCUUUUGCUAAACUAUUUAGCAAGAGCAAUACCGUGUAUGACUCUGCUUUUCUGAAGUAACAAUUAUCCAUUUCCUAGUUUUUUUGUACAUAAUACUUUCCUGGUGCUAGCUUUGAUAGGCAAAAAUAUUUUGAAAUGUUGGCCCCAUAGAGGUUGUGGCAGUUAAAUAAGCUUUGUUGGGUUAUGAUUGUAAUCCUAAAAACAUUUCCAAACAAUUUUUGAUCUUCAUUCUACAUUUCUGGGCAUUUGUAAUACAGUUUUACUGACAUAUAUAUUUUUAAUUAAAGUGUGUUUAGAUUAUGAUGGAGAAAGAAGUUUGGUUUUAUUCUUCUAAUAAAACAUAAAGAUAGUGUUUCAAUAUCACUGUGCACCUCCUCAGUUGUUUCAGUUCAGAACUCCAUAAACGAUGGUGUGAAUUUGUGAUCUAUUUUGAGUUAAGGGUGGUUCACACUGAAAAUUUUGUAGCAAAUUGUGCCUGAGCUAAUGAAUCACAUAAUAAAUGCCUCUGCAUUUUCCUUUUAGUGACAUUGGGAGAUGGGUGACAUUUAAAAUUUUCCUUUAUACCAAUUAGUUUUUACAAACAAGUUUUGGAGAAAAGUAGGUGAUGUGGUGAAGAGAAGGCCCUCUAUCCUUGGCAGAACUCAUGAAUUAUUUUCACGAUUCUUGAAAAUAACAAGUGUGCUUUCUAUAUCUGGUUGGCACUAGUAGACUGCAUUUAAAAUAGCUAAUGAAGAACGUUACUUGAUUAGAAUUGAAAUUCUUUAAGAAUGAAUUAGAAAGUGCAUGCUUUAUGUUAAAAAUACAUUGCUUUUACAUUCCCUAUUGCUUAUUUUUCAGAAAUUCACUUUAACUUUGCAUGUGUGCAAACUAAUUAAAAACAGUUUAUGGGGUUACAGAUUGCUCAUUUUGUUUAUCAAGAUUCAAUAUUUUCUUAGCCUUUGGAACCUUGGUCCCUUUAACUUAAUAGUCACAUUGAUGUUUUAGGUUUUAGAGAUGUGUAGAAUUUUGAGACUAAUUGUUACCCAUUACUUUAAUAUUCCAAAAGUUUUGUGAUUAUUUGUUGUUGUCUUGGAAAUUACCACAUUUUCUUCAUUACCUUCCAUUAAAUGGCCAUGGUGUGUACUACUUGAAUGUUCCUUCCAAAAAAUGUAGCUUCAGAAGCACAGUGGUUGCCCUAGGGUCUGAGACAUUGUAGAAUGAGGUUGGAGUGCUGUCUACUGAAACAAUAUUCUUAAGCAACUGUGUAGUGUAUAAUAUUUUCUAAUAAAUUCCUUUGGUAAACAAAGAAGUGUCUUUAACAUUUUAUUAAGUUUCCUGGGAAAUGAUGAGGUAAAUAAACAUCAUGGUAACUC